AUGGAAAUUGGAGGCCAAGUCUAUGCGGCGGAGGCUGUUGGGAGUCUGGCGCCCGCAGGGGCUGCCGGGGAACUAGGGUGUGGAGGAGGGGCCGGAAGCUCCGUCGCCAUAUGGCUGUUUUGUCCAAGCUGCAGGAACGAGCUGAUAGUAGAAGAGGGGCAACGCUGCCGCCGCUAUGCCUGCAAUACCUGCCCCUACGUACACAAUAUCACCCGCAAGGUAACAAAACGGAAGUAUCCCAAACUGAAAGAAGUGGAUGACGUGCUUGGAGGAGCUGCUGCCUGGGAGAAUGUUGACUCCACUGCAGAGCCAUGUCCCAAAUGUGAGCAUCCACGUGCCUACUUCCUGCAGCUUCAGACGCGCUCUGCGGAUGAGCCAAUGACCACCUUCUACAAGUGCUGCAAUGCCCAGUGUGGACACCGCUGGAGGGAUUAG